AUGAGAACCACCGUGGAACGUUUGAGUAAGUCAUCAGCUUCCUCUCGUCGUCGCAUCGUGCCCAUUAAUCAACGAGAUUUUGAAUCUAUUCGUGAUGCCACGAGUAUUGGUUCUCGAACUGCACGAGUACGACAUCAACUUCUAGUACAAGCGCGACUUCAACUUCUAGUACAAGCACGACUUCAAGUACUAGUACUAGUUCGUCUUCAACUACUAGCACAAGCUCGACUUCAACUUCAAGUACAAGCUCGAGUUCAACCAGUAGGAAAUCAUUACUAUUAA